UUGAAGACCUGUUGUGCUCUUGACGGCGAAGCACUGAAGAUGUUUGCGCUGUUGCCGCGAUGAGGGUAUCGUUACAUUGCCGUUGUUGAAAUGUUUGAAGAGUAAGGAAGAUAAAAGAGGACGUACUUCAGGCUUCGAGAAGGCGUUGUUUGUAGUUAGGUUGACCUCAAUGGAAGACCAGACCUGUCUGAAAGAUUCAGAACAUUAUGACAAGAUCGGUGACCAGUUGUAUCAGUUCUACAAGCAAAAGCUACAUUGUGACACGGCCAUCACAGCCAGGAAUGGGGAACGUCUCCAAGUCCACAGGGUGGUCCUCUUUGCCAGCUCUGAAUACUUCCAUCAUCUACUCUGGACUGAUGGGAGAAGUCUACAGUUGGAUGUGUCGUAUUGCAUUCUGGUGAAGCUGGUUGAGUUCCUCUACACUGGCGAACUGAAGGUGGCGCCACCUGAGUGGGAGCAUAUCCUCGCUGUUGCCAAGUCACUCCACAUCGCACACCUAGUCCAACUGCUGCAGACACACCAACCCAAAGGCUACAGUACAUCCACAAGUCAAACCGAGAAGCUACAAAUAAAAACAGAAGUUGAUGAAGAUGCCAUGGAAUGCCAGCAAGCAGAACCUCUCGAAAUGAUUCCUGCUGUGACUGAUGUCACGCGUGAAUUUGUGCAACCACAUACUGUUUCCCCCCAUUCACCCAUUUCCGGCUUCACGAAUACUGUGAGAGGAUCUGAUUACACAUAUCACAGUGGGUCGAGUUUGCAGACAUCAGAGUUUCAUGGUUUACCGGUGUUCUUUGCUGAAGAAACUUCUGUACAAAGUGACCCAUUAGAAAGGAAGCAGACACUAAGCAAAUCAAGAAAAAAUUAUCGAGGAAGGAAAUGUGCCAAAUUUAAAUCGGCUAAGUCAAAAGUACACUUAGUAAUGGAUACCAAUAUUAUUGCUGAAGGAUGUGAGAAGUCAGAAAAGAUUAGUGUUGUCAUGGUUAGGGGUGAGUUAAAAAAACAGUUUAAGCAUAAGAAAGCUUCAAGGUCAGUCCAUAACAAGACAAAGUGUGUCAUCGGUUCUAGAAAAGUUACAUCUUUGUGUUAUGCCUCAGAAAAAAUUAUCCAGAAAUAUCAUUUUAUCCGAGUUCUACCAUACUUUCAAAACAAGAAAGGUACGUAUAAGGCAUUUUUUUGUAGGAAAUGUCCACAUUUCUUUAGGCAGUAUAAUGAAUGGGUAGCACAUAAUUCAAUGCAUUUGCCAUCUUCCCAGAGAUACAAUAAAAACUCUGCUUUGAAAAUCGUUACCAAAAAUAUGGUGAAAGGGGCAUUCUCAGGACAUUUAAACUCAAACAAGGAGGCUACGCCAUGUGUGACCCAAGCCCCAGCUGCUGACCCCCUGCAGUGCCCUGAGUGUGGGGAGAUGUAUGUGUACCGGGUCAAGUUCAGGAGGCACCUGGUAGAAACACACUGGUACACUAAUGAACAGCUUUGCAAAAUGGAAGCCAUUUGGUCCUGCUGUGGAGUCGAGGGCUGCAACUAUGCUGGGGCGAACAUCAAGGACAUGAUGAGACACAUGAAGCAGCUCCACCCAGAAUCAUAUGUCGACUGCCCGCUGUGUCAGCGUCACUUCCGCACCCAGCUGGCUCUCAACAAACACAUGCUGUGUAUCCAUCGGGAACGCAGGAAGUACCUCUACACCUGCCGCGUGUGUGGGAAGACGUUCGCACAGAACACGCAGAAACGGGGCCAUGAGAAGGUCAAACAUGGCAUUGACAGCGACGUUAAGGUGCAUGUGUGUCCUGCUGAAGGCUGCAGUUACACCACAGUAGUCAAGUACAACCUGAAGCAACACAUCAGCAAGCACGGCAAGGAGAAGAACGUUCCCUGUCCACACUGUGGUGCCAAGUUCAAGUGUCAACAGUAUCUGAACCGGCACCUGAGUAGUGUCCACUUCUCCUCCCAGCCUGCGGCCAGUUUGCUGUGCCAGGUGUGUGGGUCAGCGUUCAAGACCAAGGGCAGUCUCCAGAUCCACCUGGACAUGAUGCACACCGACUGUGAACGCUUCAAGUGCCACAAGUGCCCUUUUGAGAGCAAGAGAAAGAUAGACUUAAGCAACCACCUGUACCAGAUCCACGGCCUCAAGGCGGACUUCGAGAAGCGCGACAUCAUUCACUGUGACCAGUGUCCAGACUACUCAACACUCUCCGCUGCCCGAAUGAAACGUCACAUGAUCACCGCCCACUCAGAACUUCGCCAGUUCGCAUGUCAACACUGCGAAAAGACCUACAAAGAUGAGAGGGGACUACGAAUACAUCAGUCCUACUCCCACACCAUGACCAAAUCUUUCAAGUGCACCCAGUGUGAUUACAGUGGGAAGACGUCAAGCAGUUUGUCCAAACACCAGAGGCAUCAGCACCUGUUUAAGGAUGUGAAGCCGUACGUUUGUGUUCACUGUCCAUAUCGGUCAUCAAUUUGUGGCAAUACUCGAAUACAUAUCCGCAAUAAGCACCCGGGGAUGGAGGUGAAGGUUGUUACCGACGAGAACGACCUGGCCAAGAUUAAACUUGUGAUGGCAGAACAGAAGAAACAACAGGAGAAGUACAAACUGGGAUAAACUAAUGUUAUGCAUUUGUUUCAAUGUUGUAUGUCCAACAGGUGGUGUGGCUGCUAUGAAGCACAAUAAACAGGUGCUCAUAUUUUGAAAUUGUCACAAAAAUAGAAUAAAGUUUAAACAUAAA